AUGGCCUUAGCCAACAUGGCUCGAGUGUUCCUUCUCCUGGUAUGGCUUCCAGUGCUUUCAAGCAGUGCGAAGAUCACAGUCAGGCAGAAUGACAUCAAAGCAGAAAAUCUAGAGCGGCCUGCCGACGGGGUGGUCGUGCGGGUUGUGGACCCUGAGCCGGCACCCAAGAAGAAAACCCAAACAUCUGAGCACGAGGUUGGAAAGGCAGCCUCAGCAGAUGACGGCGUGGUUGUGCGAAUCAUCAGUCCCCCUCAAGAGAACAAGGCCCCGUCCAAGUCGCAUGAGUCAUCCACGCACAAAGCUGAGAAGGCAGCAUCGUCCAGUGAAGGUCACGCCGAUCAUGCAAGUGAUGGUCAUGCCGAAGACCAUGGCAAGGGUGAGAAGAAAGAGCAAGGACAUGAAGAGCACGCGCAUGGAGAGGACGCCGCAGGUCAUGAAACAAAGGCUCACAGCGAGCACGGACAUGAUGAUGAAGCGCAUGGCCACGAAGAGCAUGGUCAUGAAGCAAAGGCUCACGGUGAACACGGACAUGCGGACGAAGAGCAUGGUCAUGAAGCGAAGGCUCAUGAUGAGCACGGGCAUGGGGACGACGAGCAUGCCCACAGUGAGCAUGGCCAUGAGGCAACGGCUCACGGUGAGCACGGUCAUGGCGAGGGUGCCCAUGCCCACGAGGGCACCUCGCAUGGAGGACAUGAUCAUGCAGAGUCGGAUGGACAUGGGCACGGGCACUCUGCGCACGGUGGACAUGGCCAUGGGGAGGAGGCUCACGCCCAUGGCGGGCAUGGCCACCACGCCCCGGAUGAUAAAACAUUGACUGCAUCCUACAUGUUGAUUGGCGGCGUUACGCUCGUCAUGGCUAUGUUCUACUUGGUGCAGCAUCCGGAUCUUGACAUCAGGUACUACAGCUGGAACAUCCUUACCCUCUCCGCUUGCAUCUUCAUUGCUGUUCUGGCUUCUGAUGUCGUGAACCAGGUCGCUAAGCGGUUCUUGUUCUCACACAUCGCCAUCGGUGGCUGGGGCAACGCUGGGCUUUGCAUCGCUUUGGCUAUCAUGUGGUUCCUUGCGUCGCAGCUCGUGACCGCAGCUUUGAGCGGUGCCUUUGGGGAGGAGGCAAAGGAACCCAAGGAUGCCUCGAGUGAGGAGGAGCGGCAGGAGCUUGAGGCUCUGUGGGAGCAGCGCGAGGUUGCAAUGAAAUGCUGGGGUGGCCUGGUGGCACAUUGUGCGGGUUUCGCCAUUGUGGCGAGCCUGGCGUCGCUUCAGGACUCGGAGCCUUUUGCCAGCUCAGCUGGCAUGUCGCUCCUUGUGGUUCCCAUCGCCCUUGUCCUGGUCACUGUCCUCUACCGCUUGGCAGCAUUUGCCAGGAAGAAGAUCAGCGAGAUGGAUGAUGGUGUGGUCAGCCGCGGCGAGGCUUUGUGGGAUGAGAUCUCAGAGGAGGCUGAGAAUGAAUCCCUUUGCCUGGGGCUUUCGUUCGCGUCCGUCCGCAGCAUCAGCUUCUUUGCUAUCGGCGCAGUGCCAGACACUCACUUCCAUGUCUACUCCGAUGUUUCAGAAGCGAACUGGCACCGCGGCUGGAUGGUUUUGUUCGCGGUGUCUGUGGCUUCCAUGCUCUUGGGAGUUGGGACCUUCAUGCUGAAAGAGAAGAUGUUCGGUGGACAUGGCCAUGGCCAUGGUCAUGAGAGCCACGAGCAUGAUUCCAAUGAGCAUGGCCACCACGAGCAUGAAGAGACCCCCGAGACAGACGAAGAUGACAUUCGCCUACGGGCUUUGCUGAUCCUUACGGAGACCUUCAUCAUGAUGUUCUCGUGGGGUAUGCUCUCGUGCGGCAUUGCGAUGGCGAACGCAUUUCUUCCGAAGUACGAACACCAUUUGAUCGGCCACCUGAUCGUGGCACUUGUUGUGUCUGCCCUGUCAUGUUUGAUGCUGCUCGGCCUUGACAAAGUGGCAGACGCGCUAAAAGCCGGUGGCAACGCAGAAUCGGCCAUCCACAUCAUCCAGCAUAUUAUCCUUGCACACGGCCUGCUCAUUGGCAUUAGCUGGGAGGUGUGCUUCGCCCUCAGCAUGCACGCCAUCAGUCAUGUCAUGGAUGGUCCGAACGUUGAUAUCUACCUGGCAGUCUUCCUGUGCCUUGUGGUGGUGCCGGCGUACCGUCUCUUCAUGCUCCCUGAGCUGAGGGUUCGUGAGGCCAAGAUCAAGAGCCACUGA